AGCGUCUCGGGGAGCUGCUGCGAGUCCUGAAGGCCAUUAUCAGCAAACACCAGAGCCUCAACUCGGUGGACAUUCUCAGUACUGCUGGAACCGUCAUCGCCACGGUCAAAGUUUUCUCCUCUGGAUAUUCACAACCAUGGCCUCUCUCUCACACUGUCUUCCCAAGUCUCAAAAAGAAGUUCCCAGGGAAUGUUUCUCAGUAGUUUUCUUAUAGCUUCAAAGCAAUGCAGCCCUUCAGAAGUCACUCAAGUGCUUAGAAUGCACCAGCAUGAGUUUCAAACCCCAUACGGAGAGUAAGAAAAUAAUAUUUUGGAGUCAGACACCUGAUUCAAGAGGCAGGGAGAAGCGGGUGUCCUUUGUGCUUUGUUUGCCAGUCCAGAGGGAACUACACUGAGGAAUCCUAUUCAAUCUCUCAUUCUCUGAGAUUAUGAUCUGGCAUGCAGGUCAAUUCUUAACUUGGCCGCCGCACAAGAAUCCCCUGAGUAUACCUCGUCUCAAUUUGCAUUGCAAAGAGGGGUAUAGACGGGGCUGUGUUGCUUUCUGAAAAGCUUUCACUUAAUAAGAUAUGGUGACAUGUUGAAGUGAGGAAAGUCUGAAGAGGCUCUGCAUUAAUCUGGAUAGAGCUCAUCUUCACUGAAAUAUUUGGAAUAAGUCCAUACACACAAGGGUGUGUGCAGGCGUGUAUGCCAAAUAGCUAUUAGGUGUAUGCAAGUCUCAUCUUUCGUGCAGUAACUUGACUAUUUGUGUGGCAUUCAGACUUGUUGAUGCACAACAAAGACGCACACAGUAACACCUUUUCAAUAAGGAAGCAUUAGAUUUGACAGCUGAAUAGUUGCUGUAUAGAAGCCUUUGAUUUAAGCUCUUAGUGAUAUUGCUUUAAUGGGUGGAAGGAUUCUUAAGAAUGCAGAUUAAGGUUUUCAAUAUUAAUAGUAACUGGUUAAACAACACCAGUGUUAGUGCUGUAAAUGAACACAAGCCUUUAAUACAUGGCAAAUAUUGUGAAGAGGUUCAACACUUACAGUAGCUCUAAUGAUCUAGUCUGAUCAUGUUUAUGUGCAGUGAAGCAUGCUAUAACGGCUUUUCUGCCACUAGGUGGCCAGAAGUGCUCACUCAUUGACCCUCACACAGUGACAAGGUGAUAUCAGCUGUACACACCAGUAUUUUUUACUGCCAAAUCUCAAAGCUGCGAAUGUUACACAACACAAAUAUGUAAGAAUAUUGUUAUGCUGCUAUUUAUGGAGGUGUGUCAUGUGUACAGGAGGUUGUGUUUUGUUCUCACAUAAUUCUAAUGUCAGAAAAAAAGAUGAAAAGUCUACCAUUUGAUUGUAAAGAUGAGAGAAUACUGUGUGCAUUUCUCCGUCAUCACACUCUUAAGGUGCACCUCUGCUCCAGAUCAGAUAUUUGUUCAUACAGAGUUUUACUACUUCCACCAUCCUGCGACACUUCUUAUUCAGUCGCAUGCCAACUCGCGACGACUUCCCAUUAUUCUUUACUAGAGCAAAGGUUCCUCCUGGACCUGAAUUCUGCGUAGGACUUUGCAGAUGACGAGUGUGUCAAGAUUGUUGUGCGUUUCCACUGAAACAAUACCAUUUUUCCCCGAUGAUGUAACUUCCACGCUUGGACCACUGGUUGGGGCCUGCGCGAGUACUGGCAUUGUAUUCCAGCAAGCCUCAGGAUGUCCUGUUGGGGGUAGGGGCUGGACAGAAGUGGAGGAGAUGUGACUGCACAAGAGAGUUGUGUGCUCUGAAUGGUGGUGGCUACAGUAGCUGGACUGGGGUUGGAAGAGGCUCCCAGGGUGCCCCAUGGACAUUGGACCGCAUCAGAAUCCUUCUUUUGCACCCUUUCGACAGAAUCUUAACACUUCCUGGGUGAACUUUAAGGAGGUGAACGAAGAGAACAAACAGAAGCUGUUCGGAGAGAUCUACACCGCUAUUGACACAUUGGCGUUCACCUUUGGCAAUGUAGUGUCUGACUUCCUUAUGGGAGAUGUAGAGAAUGGAUCAGUUUUGGGGCUCCCCCUAACUAAGAGAAGCAGGUCUUUUGAGAACCUCGCCGUGGAAUCUGGAGGAUCCGGUCCCGAGAAAGAUGAUCCGCCAGGGCCGUCUCCGCCGGUUCGGGCAGAAGAGGUGGACAGGACACUGCAGCGCCAGGACAGCGGGGUGGAGUCGGCGCUGCUCUACGCCAAGGCCUGGUCCAAGUACACCAAAGAGCUGCUGGCGUGGGUGGAGAAGCGUCUCAAUAUGGAUAUUGAGUGUGCAAAGAGUUACGCCAAAAUGGCUGAAUCUGCCAAGACGCUUGCAAGUCAACAGGAAUUCAUGCCCUUCCGUGAGAUCUACACGACUGCAUUCAAAAAUGACACUGAAUACAGCCAGCUGGUACUUCACACCGCAGCAGUACUUCAAAGCAACAAAUUCAUGCAGCCUCUCCUGGCCCGAAAGAAUGACCUGGACAAACUACGAAAAGAGGUCAAGGAGCAGUGGCAGAGGGAGCAAAAGAAAAUGAAUGAGGCAGACAGUGCUCUGAGGAAGGCUCGGCUGCUGCAGGCUCAGCGGCAGGAGGAGUAUGAGAAGGCCAAGGUGUCGACCAGCCGCCUGGAGGAGGAGCAGAUCGGUGGAGGAGGAGGCGCAGCGGCGGUCAAACAGCUGGAGAAAAGGCGCAGGCUGGAGGAGGAGGCUCUGCAGAAGGCUGAGGAGGCCAGAGAGCACUGCAAAGCCUGUCAGAUUGAUGUCGGGGACAAGAGGGUCGAUCUGGCCAACACCAAGAGUGUGAUCAUCACUCAAAUCCGAGAGAUGGUCUCCCAGUGCGACCUCACCCUCAAAGCUGUGACGGUCAACUGGUUCCAGCUCCAGCAGGCCCAGGUUGUAUCACUCCCUGUCAACCACCAGAGCCUGUGUGAAAAUGCCAAACUGUACGAGCCGGGCCAGCGCUAUAUCGACUUUGUCAGGAGUCUACCCACUGAUGGGCCUCGUCUGGAGUCCCAUUCGUUUGAUUCAGCUGUCACACAAAACGCAGGGAUGCCUUUCAACAAGCGGUUGCUAACUGGCAGCCACUCGUCCCACAGUAACCUGUCACAUUCAUCUGUGACCUCUGACCUCCUCGGUACAGACGACGUGGAAGGUCCCAUCUCUGCCCAGCAUGCCAAGGUUGCAGAGAGGCACUCCAGCAGCAGCACUGACAUCCAAGCACUUCGGAUGCAGGCCUCAUUUCGUCCCUGGGCCUCGGCCAGCCAGGGCGGAGGGAUGUGCAGCGACUCAGAAAGUGCUGGAGGGAGCAGUGAGUCCCGCUCCAUGGACUCACCCACUGCAAGUCCAGGAGACUUCAAGAGGAGAUUACCCAGAACCCCCUCCACUGGCACCAUGUCGUCUGCUGAUGACCUGGAUGAGAGAGAGCCUCCUUCACCCUCUGAUAACGGUCUAAGUGAGAUGGUAAUCGAAUCAGCCAGCUCCCCAGGUCCCUUUAGAAACACCCAGAUGUCCAGGGCUGCUCAAACCCACAAGUUGAGGAAGCUCAGAGCGCCGUCCAAGUGUCGAGAGUGCGACAGCCUGGUGGUGUUUCAUGGAGCAGAGUGCGAGGAGUGUUCGUUAGCCUGCCAUAAGAAGUGUCUGGAAACCCUGGCCAUCCAGUGUGGCCAUAAGAAGCUCCAGGGGAGGCUCCACCUCUUCGGCAUCGACUUCACACAGGCAGCUAAGAACAGCCAGGAUGGCAUCCCCUUCAUCAUACGGAAGUGUACAUCAGAAAUCGAGAACAGAGCGCUCAACAUUAAGGGUAUCUACCGCGUGAAUGGUGCCAAGUCUCGAGUAGAGAAGCUGUGCCAGGCUUUUGAGAAUGGCAAGGACCUGGUGGAGCUCUCCGAUCUUUAUCCCCACGACAUCAGCAACGUACUUAAACUCUACUUGAGACAGCUUCCAGAGCCCCUCAUCCUGUUCCGCUAUUAUAAUGACUUCAUUGGUCUGGCUAAGGAAAGCCAGAGGAUCAUUGUGGAGGAACUGGAGGCAAUGCGGCUCAGUCCCACCCCAGUGACCCCGGCCCAGGUCAGCGUGGAUCUCAACCGCGUCCUCUUCAAAAUCAAGGACCUGCUGAGGCAGCUGCCACCAGCUCAUUACAAGACACUGCAGUUCCUCAUAGAGCAUCUGCACCGGGUGACGGAGCAGUCAGAGGAGAAUAAAAUGACAGCCAGCAACCUGGGCAUCAUCUUUGGCCCAACACUGAUCAAACCAAGGCAGGCAGAUGCCGACGUUUCCCUUUCCUCUCUGGUGGAUUACCCAUAUCAGGCACUCAUUGUUGAGCUCCUGAUCAGACACUACCAGAUGAUCUUUGAUACCCCUCUUAGUCCCCUGAGCGGCACCUCGCCUACAGAGAUCGAUGCCCAACGCCUUGACACACGCCUCAACCAACAGGAGAAGGAGCAGCAGCUGAGCAGGCACUCAAAGUCGCUGGGAGACAUUAAGGAGCAGAGCUCUAAGGUGUAUAAGAGGUAUUCCUCCAUAAUUCCCUCCUCCCACUUAUUGGCUGAGGUUCAGGAAACCACGCCAAGCUUCGACGGAAGUGACUUUGAACCUGUUGAUGAAGUGGAUUUGGAAGCCUUCAAUGGGGUUUUGUCAUCAGACGUCCCAGAGGUCCCGAAACCUGGCGAGAGAGGCCUCUGCCGUUCUCAGCAUGUCACCGUCGCCAGAGUCCAGCUCCGACACCCUCGCAACAAACUCUCCUCCCGGCCAAUGAGCAUGCCAGCUGAACGGUUACACAACCGAGGCCAAGUAGACGAGAAUAACACCCGGAACAGCACCGACCAAGGCGACAGGAAAGGAGGCAGUUUUGAUCAGUCCAUUGAAGAGGUGGACGAAACUGAGAGUACAAAAUUGCGAGUGGGCACGCAUUACCGGAGUACAUUCAUUGACACUCAGACGUUACGCAGAACUUGGGACAAACAGUACAAGCAUGAGGUUACUUCCAGAACUGUCAGAAUCGUGGCCAGUUCGCCCACAGAGAGUACGGCAGUGGACCCCAGCAACUUAUCAAGUUCUGUGCCCAUAUCCUCAUCAUCUUUCUCCCUUGGAAGUACUGGGAGCAACAUGAGCACCAUCUUCCCUAACAGACCUUACACUGUCGCAGUGCGACCUAGCAGGACUUUAAGAAGGGAGGACAAUGUAACCAAGUACAGCCCCACUUCAACAGCUUUCAGGGCUCCCAGGACACUUCAGCCUCCCCCAGGGACCUUCUACAAGCCCCCAUCAGGGAGUAAAGCUAAAGCGCUGCAGAGCUGUGCUUUAGCUAACAGCGCAGAGGAAGAAGAUGAUGAGGAGGAUGAUGACGAGGAGGAGGAGGAGUUGGGGAUUGAGAUAGAGGUGUCUGUAGAUGAGCCUCUUGAGGAAGACAACGAGGCUGAGCCAUCUCAGUCUCCCAGCUCUAGUCCUGAGGAGCUGGGCCCAAACCAGGCCAAACCAGUAUACCAGAGACUACGGCCCAGACGCCUCCAAGAGGUCGAACAUCGAGAGGCUCAUUUUGUGUGAUCAUCUGAGAGUCAUGGGUUAUCAGAGAUCUAAAAAAAACAGUGCUCAAAUGUGAUCAAUGUGUGCCAUAUUCAUCUGCAUUGACGCUGCAAAGACAAUUUCCAGAUGUACUAUGAUUGUGGGCCCCAUGCGGACGAUUAUAUGUACCCUUUGUCCUGACAAGACAAACAAGAUGCACUUAAAAAAAAAUGCUGUAUAUUUUAGCCUGAUUGACCAAUAAUUCAUUUACCAAUCACUUGCUCAGUACACUCUGGCACCUGGUCAGAAUAUUUAUAAUUUUUUUUUUAAACUGUGCAAUUACAUUUUUAUUCAAAUAUUUUGUACCAAGUUGUUCCAGGCUCACUAUGUAUGUUUAUAUACCAAAAAACUGUUUGAAUUGUUACAAUAGUGCAUGUAGCCACAACACUGAAAAAAAAAAUGUUUGGUGCACUUAUCAAUACUCUCACACAGAUCUGUUCUGAGUCGUAUUUCUACCUACUGUGAGUCAGAAUGUUUUAAACUGUUACAUUUAGGUUAUAAUUAAUCAUUUUGCUAAUAACUUGUAUAUAAAGCAAUAUAUUGACCGUUGUUACAUGCUGCACUGGGUAUCUGCAUCGGCAUUUGUUGAUGCUGUGGAGCACCAGUUGCAAAGGGUAUACAUCCACUUGUUUUUAUACUGUUGAACUUUUAUGGUGUCAACUUACACUGAUCUGAAAAGCUUUUAGAAAUGCCUCUGGAUUGUAUAAUGGCAUUAUCUUUCUUAUUUUGAUAUAACAUUUCUUAAUAGCCAAAGCUGUUUUUUUCUUUUUACAACUGAAUUAGUUAAAUAACCUAAACCUUACAGGUUCUUUGUAAGUAAUAGGAAGUGCAGCAUUUAUUUAAAUGGUAUCUGUUUUUCAUGGUAAUGUACAAGGUUGACAGAAUGUUGAAAAGUUCAGUGUAAAAAAAAAAAAAAAACAGGUACAUGAAAACAAACACCCUUUUGUAACUUAUUAAAAUAUAUCUGACAACUUCCAUGAUGGUCUGUUU